AUGGUCAAGGAGAGGGAGGAAGUACCGAUCGUUCAAAAUCCUUUUGCUAGGGAUUUCGUUGUGGCUCUUGCGGCUGCAAACCUUCUAAAUCCUGCUCCUAGGGAAAGCACAGAUAGCUGUGCUAUAACGGUGGAUGACUUGCGAGUCAAUAUAGUGGCCGUUCAACUUAUCGGGGAGGCGAAUGAGUGGUGGGAGUCGGUGCUAGAAUCACGAAAAGAUGCAAGGAGAGCGGCAAGGGCUGCGGCUCAAGCAAAUGAGCUAGACGUGGAGAACUUAACUUGGGCUGAGUUUGAUGUGCUUUUUGAGGAACAAUAUUUUUCAGAAACGAGUUGUGACCACUUGAGAGACGAGUUUGAGAAACUUGAGAAAGGAGAUAUGACCGUGUCAGAAUAUGCAUUGAAAUUCCAAUCUUUGUCCUGUUUUGCGCCGGAAUUGGUGGCCACCGAAGAACGGAAAUGUAGGCAGUUUGAAAGAGGCUUGCAUGAUACCGUGAAGAAGGCUGUUACAUUUGUUAUGGCACAACGCAAAGGGAGAUUUUCUGAAGUCGUUGAGUGUGCGAGGAGCAUUGAGACACUGAGGGAAAUACCCAAAAAUACUAAGGUCUGGGAACCAAGACAGCCAGUGGGGGGUAUGAGUUCUUCAUUGAGGAGUUUUGGUAGUCAUGGAAGAAAGAGACAAAGGGAUCAAAUGUCGACUUCGCAGGGUCCGUCACAUUUUAGGGCUCCACAAUCGUCUUCGUCCAGGACUCAGGGAGUCUCCAAUAGACCUCCAAUUGUAUGUCAUGAAUGUGGUCAAGUGGGGCACAUUCGCGCCCAGUGUCCGCGGCUUUUGGGUACAUGCUUCAUUUAUGGGAAAACCGGUCAUUUUGCUAGGAAUUGCCCGCGGGGGGAUGAGGCACGUAGCGAGUCUGGUUCAGUGCAGCAACCGAGGGGUGGUCAAAGUUCUAGUCGGCAAUCGUUUCGGGGCACUCAGAGGCAGCAACAACCUCACUUCCAUCAGGCCACUUCAGUUCAGGGAUCUCAGCCAUUCUGGCCCCACCACCUCCUAUCACCUCUCAGACCAGAGACUUUGGUUGUGAGGGGUACAUUUCUCUUAUUUAACUCCUUUGCUAGAGUGUUAUUCGAUUCUGGAGCAUCACAUUCAUUCAUUGCUGCAUCUUUUGCUCGUGCUUUGGGAUUGGAAAUUGAAAAUAUUAGUCCUCCGUUGUUUGUUGAGACACCCAUAGGGGGUAGGUCGCCACUAGAUCGUAUUUACUGGGAGUGUGAGCUUAUCAUCCGGGAUUGUCUUUUUACUUUUGACUUUAUUGUGUUGAAUAUGUCGGGUUUCGAUCUUAUAUUGGGAAUGGAUUGGUUGUCUAUGUUUCAUGCCACCAUAGAUUGCUUCAAGCGUCAGGUUCAUGUUUGUCCACCUGGGGGUGUUUGUUUUGAGUUAUUCGGGGAGCAUCAGGAACCAUUAGAGCCGUAUUUGUGUGGGUCUCGGGAGCAAGAGUCGAUGUAUGCCUUAUUAGCAAGUUUGGCCUUAGAUGUGGAUGUAUCCACGCGUGGGGAGUUACCUCCUGUUGUUUGCGAUUUUCCGAACGUGUUUCUGAAGGAUUUACCCGGUUUACCACCUGAGAGGGAAAUCAAAUUUACUUUUGACUUACUUCCUGGUAUCGCUCCUAUCCGUACCUUCUUAUCAUUUCGCGCCCGCCGAGUUGAGGGAAUUGAAGAUUCAGUUGCAAGAAUUGGAGGAGUUAGGGUUUAUCCAUCUGAGUACGUCACCGUGGGGAGCACCGGCUUUAUUGAUUUGAGGUCCGGUUACCACCAGUUGAGAGUUCGGAGGGAAGACAUUCCAAAAAUUGCCUUUCGCACCUGUUAUGGCCACUACGAGUUUGUUGUUAUGCCCUUUGGAUUGACAAAUGCACCGGCAACUUUCAUGGAUUUAAUGAACCGUAUCUUUCGUGCUUAUCUUGAUCAUUUCGUAGUUGUCUUUGUGGAUGAUAUUCUUAUCUACUCGCCUUCGGAGGAGGAACACCAAACUCACCUUUCUAUCGUUCUUCAACUCCUGAGAGAGCAUUGUUUGUACGCCAAGCUUAGUAAGUGUGAAUUUUGGUUGUACGAGGUCAAAUUUUUGGGUCACGUCGUAUCAAAAGAUGGGGUGUCCGUUGAUCCGGGAAAGAUAGAGUCCGUAAUAAAUUGGCAGCGACCAAAGAAUGUGUUCGAGAUUCAUAGUUUCUUGGGCUUGGCCAGGUACUAUCGUCGUUUCAUACUUGAUUUCUCUCGCCUAGCGGCUCCGUUGACUAAAUUGACUCGAAAGGGGACUCGUUUCCUUUGGAGUGGCGUGUAUAAGAAAGCCUUUCAGGAAUUAAAGAGAAGAUUACCUACUAUGCCGAUUUUGAUUGUGCCCGAACGGGGAGUUGGCUACUCCGUGUAUUGUGAUGCUUCGAAAGAGGGGUUUGGGUGCGUUUUGAUGAAGUUGGGGUUCGAAGUCUUUUCCGAUCAUAAGAGUCUAAAGUACUUGUUCUCUCAAAAGGAGCUUAACUUGCGGCAACGCAACUUUGAGUUGCAAUAUCAUCCGGGCAAGGCGAACAUAGUAGCAGACGCGUUGAGUAGAAAGUCGACACAUCUUACGAGCUUAGCCAUCUAUGAGUGGAAGACGAUAAACGACUUGGGCUCAUAUGCAUUGCACUUUGAAGAGGUUCAUGAUGGAGUCAUCUUGUGUAACUUGACUGUUCAAUCAACCUUGUCGACUCGAGUGAUUGAGGCCCAACAGCGAGAAGAGGAAGUGGGGGAAUUUCGCACCAAGUUUCUUAGUGGAAAUGCUCGAGAGGGGUGGAUGACACAAGCCGAUCAAGUGGCCGAAUGGAAGUGGGAGGACGUGACGAUGGAUUUUGUUACCGAUUUACUGAGAUCGUCGAGGGGGCAUGAUGCCACUUGCGUGAUAGUUGAUCGGUUGACCAAGUCAGCACAUUUCUUACAGAUCCAGGUUACGGAUUCGAUUGAUACGCUUAGUCGUUUAUACAUUCGUGAGAUUAUUUGCCUUCACGGGAUACCCGUUUCUAUCGUGUCGGAUCGAGAUCCAAGGUUUACCGCACGCUUUUGGCAAAGCUUACAAGCCACUCUUGGCACCAAUCUCUUGUUUAGCACUGCUUAUCACCCUCAACUGAUGGGCAAUCUGAGAGAAUGA